AUGCGUGUGCAGGCAAGUCCUUUCGUAACCGACAAGCACCAUAUUCCGGAUCCUUUUGACGACGGGGAGGAUUAUUGCUGGGUCAGUGUUAUACUCUCACCAGAGGUGAAAAAUGGUACCCAUAGUGAUGAAGAGAUUAUGCUCUUUGUAAUCCAGAAGUGUAAAGCUGGUCAUACACCCAUGACCCAUCAACCACUACAUGGGUUGGGGGACCACUGUAUCUCGUUGCCAGUCAAGUGGAAUACACCUAGGCAAACCAUGCGUACAGUUCGGGAUCAGGCUGCGGCUCUUGCUACAUGGUGGUUUGUCCAAAUUCACCAAAAGAGGGUUACUAUUGACCAGGAGAUGGUUUUUGAUGACCGUACCACAGGAGGAUUCAAGCCCAUGUUGGAUAUGAUCCCUCUGGAGUGGGAAAAACCCGAGUAUUCAGAUUAA